AUGGCUCAAACAACUACGUUUGUCUACAAACUAACAGUGAGGAAAAUCAUGUCUCGCUUUACGCACGCAGUCGUCAGUCGCGUUCCGGAUUUCGUCAGUGAAACCAGCAUCAGCAUUAAUACCACCAAGCUGCGCAAGGAGCUUGAAUUAUUCUGCGACAAGUUGCGCGAGGCUGGUGUCGACGUAAUGGAGUUGGCCCCGGAGCAACGGGCUGCCGCUUCGUCACUGUUCGUCGGCGACGUCGCAAUCGUUUCACAAGGCAUCGCGCUGGUGACACCGACCACUCGGGCCAGCAAAGAGUUUUUCGUUGGCCUGACCAAGUGGACGAACUACGAAGGAGCGGUUGAAGUUGCCAAGACCUUUCCGGACUCACCAGUUACGGCGAUUAAAGUGGACGGGCCAAACCAUUUAAAAAACUACGUCUCUUUGGCAGCGCCAGGAAUAUUUGCGGUCGGGCAAUCUGAUGAGGCGCGGAAAAUAAUUAAAAGAAUAGAGCGAGAAGCGGCGUACAAGUACCACAUUAUUACGUUAGACGACGAAACAGGUGCCAACUGUCUGAACGUGAACGGCACUUUGAUGUACAGAGGUGACGGGCAACAAUCUGAGAAAAUUCUUAAUCUUACGGAAUUCGAGCGGUGUCCGUUAGACAUGCGGGAAAUGGGAAACUGCGGUGGCAUCCUUUCGCAGUACUGUUUACUAUUGAGGAAAAUUAGGCUGUCGAAGAGCGUCAAUGAACUAUGA